GAGAUUUGGGAGUAUAGAAAAGGAAAGAAAGGGUAAAUUUGGGGACUAAGAUGGAAAGAUAAAAGAAAAGGGGAGAAUAGAAGAAACCAAAGCGACGGAGAGAGAGAAGAGACGGCGACAUCUCCCCCUGGUUCCUUGGUGGCGAUCGAAACCCUAAUUCAACCCCCAAAAACAAAAACAAAAAGAAAAAACAUAAAACGGAAUAUUGGUUUCGGCGGAGGGAACAUGCGGUUGGGGAGAUGCGUUUAAUCCUCACCGUCAUGCUCUCAUUCAUUCCAUACCUUUAUUCCUCUCCUCACCGUCCCUGCUCCUCCUCCCCCGUCGCUCGUCCUCGCCUCCGUCGCUGCCGUCUCAGUCGUUUCGCCACCGCAUUGGUCGCUACAACCGCUCUUCUCCUCGCCUCCGUGGCCUGGCUCUCCCUCGUCUUCUCACCCGCCACUUCUCGCUGCUGGCAUCUCCUUAGGGAUUGGGAAGACGCCCAUAUCUGGAACAGACGGUACGAAAGGGAAGGGGAAAUCUCUCCGCCGGCUCUCCCUAUCUUCGAUCAUGACCAAGAGAUUGCCCAACCGAGGAAUCGAAGUCUCUUGGGGCUUGAUCUGUCUCUGAACCACUUGAUGUUUGGCAUCGCUGGGUCUUCACAGCUCUGGGAACGACGCAAGGAGCUGGUGAGGCUAUGGUGGAAGCCUUCCCAGAUGCGUGGUCACGUCUGGCUCGAAGAGCAGGUCUCUCCGCAGGAAGGAGAUGAUUCUCUUCCUCCUAUCAUCCUCUCCGAAGACUCCUCUCGCUUCCGUUACACCAAUCCCACUGGCCAUCCUUCUGGACUUCGAAUCUCACGCAUCGCCAUGGAGUCUUUCCGCCUCUCUCUCCCCGGUGUCCGCUGGUUUAUCCUCGGAGACGACGACACUAUCUUCAAUGUUAACAACCUUCUUGCUGUCUUGAGCAAGUACGAUCCUUCCGAGAUGGUUUAUGUCGGAAACCCUUCCGAGAGCCACUCUGCUAACUCCUACUUCAGUCAUAACAUGGCUUUCGGAGGCGGCGGCAUUGCCAUCAGCUUCCCUCUCGCCGAAGCCCUCUCUCGCAUCCAUGAUGAUUGUAUCGAUAGAUACCCUAAGCUAUACGGUAGUGAUGAUCGUCUUCACGCCUGCAUCACCGAACUCGGAGUUCCUCUCUCCAAAGAGCCUGGCUUUCACCAGUGGGACAUUAAGGGAGAUGCUCAUGGCAUCUUGUCCUCUCAUCCCAUCGCACCUUUUGUCUCUAUUCAUCACGUUGAAGCUGUUAAUCCUCUCUAUCCGGGCUUAUCCACAUUAGAUAGUUUGAAACUCUUCACCGAAGCUAUGGAUUUGAGCCCCAGGAGUGUUUUGCAGCGAUCCAUCUGUUACGAUCAUACUCACAAGCUCACUUUUUCAAUCUCUCUUGGCUAUGUUGUACAAGUCUUCCCGAACCUUCUCUUACCACGGGAUCUUGAGCGAGCUGACCUUACCUUCUCUGCCUGGAACGGGAUUAGACAUCCCAGUGAGUUUGACCUUGACAUCAAGCUUCCUGUUUCAUCUCUCUGUAAGAAGCCUAUACUCUUCUUCUUAAACGAGGUAGGACGUGAAGGCAAUGCGACUCUUGGAACCUACUCUAGAUCAUUGGUAAAAGAUGAUUUGAAGAGGAAGCUUCUAUGCUUUCCAAGCUCUCCUCCUCUGCCUAAUGUGGAAAAGAUCCAGGUCCUAGGGCUUCCUCUGAGCAAAAAUUGGCACUUGGCGCCGAGACGGUUGUGUUGCAGAGCAACUCCAACUACUAAUGAGCCUUUCAGAUUAACAGUUGGGCAGUGUGGAAAGAUCAUCUUGGGUUCCACGAUUAGUUCCCAAUGAACACUUGGAUACUGGAUCUAAAGCAUAUGUUCUUUCACCUCUAUCCUGUGGCUUGUACAUAGGUAAGAUCCACGACCUUAACUGUUGUCUGACCUAGAAUGCUAAUGCCCAAAAUUUGAAAUAUUUUUCUUCCACUGUCUCCUCGUUUCACUUUAUUCUUUUGUACAUCUGAGUUUGUCAAGAAGUCAACCCUUCCUGUUGAGAAAACGAGUGCAUUGUGUACAACAUUUGAUCUUAGCACAACACUAAAACUUCUUUUAUCUAUCUCAGUAACUUGUUUUAUUUUAUGA